AUGUCUUCUGAUCAUUUACAACAAUCAUCUAUAACUACGACAACAACAACAUCAACAACAAUCACAAUUUCGUCCAUAACAAAAGAAAUCAGUUCGGAAGGAGACGAUCAUCGUUUGUUUGAUUUUCCUAAUCCAAAACGAUUCAAAUCAUCUGAAAACGGCGACGACAUGUCAAAUAAUAAUAAUGGUAUAGAUGCAAUGGAUCAUACAGAGUCUGGAUCUCAUCAAAAUGGAUUUAGUAAUGGAAACAGUAAUAGUAUGACAAAUCGUACUACAACAACAACAAACCAAAUGACAUCUACACAAGUGCCAGUAACUCCACGAGACAUUGAUGAAGGUCUUUAUAGUCGAAUGUUGUAUGUUAUGGGACGAGAAGCAAUGCAAGCUUUAUCCGGUUCCAAUGUUCUUAUAUCUGGUAUGCGAGGUCUUGGAGUUGAAAUAGCGAAAAAUAUUGUAUUAGGCGGUGUUAGAUCGGUUGUUAUCCAUGAUUGUAAUAGUGUUACAUAUGCUGAUUUAUCGUCUCAGUAUUUUUUUACCGAAGCAGAUAUUGGAAAGAAUCGUGCUGAAGCUUCACAAAAAAAAUUGGCUGAAUUAAAUAAUUAUGUUGAAGUUAGUUAUUCAUCAGAAGAAUUAAAUGCCGAAUAUAUCCAAAGGAAAAAGAUCAACGUAUUUGUAUUAACUGAAGCAGUGCUUGAUGAGCAAAUCAAGAUUGGUGAUUAUUGCCAUGCAAAUAAUAUUAAAUUUGUACUAGCUGAUACAAAAGGAUUAUUCGGUCAAAUUUUUUGUGAUUUUGGUGAAGACUUUCAAGUAUUUGAUACAACUGGUGAAAAUCCAAUUAUGCAAAUUGUAACAGAAAUUAGUAAUGAUAAUCCAGGUGUUGUUUUUCUAUCGGCUGACACACGUCAUGGAUUCGAAGAGGGAACAUAUGUUACAUUUUCCGGUGUGAAAGGCAUGACGGAAGUUAAUGGUCAAGAAUAUAAAAUAACUGUACCAAGUCCCUACACCUUCACAAUUGCAGAUACAUCUGCUUUUGGAAAAUAUGCCGGCGGUGGAACAGUGACAGAAGUGAAAAAACCAGAAACAAUGCAGUUUAAAUCAUUUUCUCAAUCAUUAUCUGAGCCAGAAAUGUCAAUCUGUGACUUUGCUAAAAUGUAUAUGCCUGCGAAUUUACAUCUCGCAUUUCAAGCGUUAUCGGCAUACAGAGUAAAAUAUAAUGGAUUACCCAAACCUUGGGAUGAUAACGAUGCUGAAAAAUUUUAUGAAUUAACAAAAGAAAUCAAUUGUAAAACACCUGAUAAGCCGAUCACGGAUGAAUUGAAUAAACACGUGAUGCAUUUAUUUUCAAAGAUAUGUACUGGUGACUUAUGUCCAAUACAAGCUGUGAUUGGCGGAAUAGCUGCUCAAGAAGUUAUGAAAGCUGUUACAGGCAAAUUUAAACCAAUCAAGCAAUUUUUGUAUUUUGAUGCAAUAGAAUGCUUACCAGAAAAUAUUUUUAAUCCACCGUCAAGCGAUUCUACAACAACAACAACAACAACAACAACAACAACAACAUCGCCAACGGAUGUACCCUCAAUGAAACCAGUUAAUAAAAAUUCACGGUACUACUCGCAAACAAUUGUAUUUGGAGAAGAAUUUCAAGAGAAGCUUGCAGCAUCGAAAUAUUUUGUUGUUGGUUCGGGAGCCAUCGGUUGUGAAAUGCUCAAAAAUUUUGCUAUGAUGGGCAUUGGAUGCGGAAAAAAUGGUGCUAUUUAUGUGACAGAUAUGGAUAGUAUUGAAAAAUCAAAUUUAAAUCGACAAUUUUUGUUUCGACAAUGGAAUAUUGGGCAAAUGAAAUCUAAAGUUGCAGCUGAAGCUAUUAAACAGAUGAAUAAUACUGUCAAUAUCCAAGCAUUUAUUGAACGUGUUGAUCCAGAAACAGAAAAAGUCUACGAUGAUGCAUUUUUUGAACAAUUAGACGGUGUUGUCAAUGCGUUAGACAAUAUUUCUGCACGACAAUAUGUCGAUCGUCGUUGUGUUUACUAUCGUAAACCAUUGGUUGAUAGUGGUACAUUAGGAACAAAAGCCAGCGUUCAGGUUGUUGUUCCCUAUUUAACAGAAUCAUAUUCGUCGACAAAUGAUCCACCUGAACCAUCUGUUCCAAUGUGUACAUUAAGAAAUUUUCCAUUUUUAAUCGAACAUACAAUUGAAUGGGCAAGAGAUUAUUUCGAAGGUAUAUUUACAAAUCCAGUAAGAUUGGCUCAAGAGUAUCAAAAAGAUCAAAAGGCAUUUUCUGAACGUUUAAAAAAAUUAACGGCGUAUCAAAAACAAGAAGAAAUAAAUAAUGUACAACGUAUACUUGGUCCUGAUCGUCCAAAAUCUUUUCCAGAUUGUAUUAAAUGGGCACGACAAAUAUUUCAAGAACAAUUUCAUAAUACAUUAGUACAACUACUAUUUAAUUUUCCUCGCAAUCAAGUAACAACAAAAGGUGAACGUUUUUGGAGUGGUAACAAACGUUGUCCGCAUGAAAUUCGAUUUGAUCCUGAAAAUAAAUUACAUAUGGAUUUUAUUUACGCUGCAUCAACUCUUUGUGCUGAAAUGUAUUCUAUUCCCCCAUUAAAAGAUCGUCAAGAAGUAAAAAAUUAUGUAUCAACAAUUCAUAUACCUGAAUUUAAACCAAGACAAGGUGUUACGAUACAUGAGAAUGACGAACAAAUGAAAGCACAUGAGAUCGGUGGUGGAAGUGGGGAAAAUGAAGCAGUUGAAUUACAACAAUUGUUACAAAAACUGCCAAAAUUAGAAGAUAUAGCGAAUGUGCAAUUAAAACCAUUAGAAUUUGAAAAAGACGAUGAUACAAAUUUUCAUAUUGAUUUUAUAACAGCUACAUCAAAUUUAAGAGCGGAAAAUUAUGAAAUUGAUCCAGCUGAUCGUAGUAAAACAAAACAAAUUGCUGGUAGAAUUAUUCCAGCUAUAGCAACAGCAACGGCAAUGGUCACUGGUCUUGUGUGUUUGGAAGUCUACAAAUUUCUUCAACAACAUAAGAAGAUUGAAUCAUAUCGAAAUAGUUUUGUUAAUAUGGCAUUACCAUUUUUUGGGUUCUCUGAACCAGUGCCACCAAAAAUUAGUAAAUAUCUUGGUAACGAAUUUUCAUUAUGGGAUCGAUUUGAAGUGAACGGAGAUAUGACAGUUGAAGAACUUAUUGAAUAUUUUAAGAAAGAACACAAAAUUGUCAUUACAAUGUUAUCUGCCGGAAUGAGUGUCAUUUAUUCACCUCAUUUCAUGCGUAAGAAAGAUAAAGCUCAAGAUAUGAAUAAAAAAAUAUCAGAAUUGUAUGCAACUGUCACGAAAAAAGAAAUACCACCACAUGUACAUUCGUUGACAUUGGAUAUGUUAUGUGAAGAUUUGGAAGGCGUUGAUGUUGAAGAUGUUCCAUAUAUUAAAUAUACAUUUCGACAAAAAAAAUAA